AUGAGACUAACCAAUGUCAUCAUUCCCUCUUAUGACAUCAAGUUUCUCCAACCAGUCAUCUUCUCCACCUUGAAGGCAAAACACGAUCCAUCAAAGGAUGAUGUUCUGCUAGCAGAUGUCUGCAUUGCCACAUCAGCAGCACCAUACUAUUUCCCUCACUAUUUUGAGCAUAAACCAUCCAAUGGAGUCCCAAGAAAAUUUAACCUCAUCGACAGUGCUGUUACAGCCAACAAUCCGACUUUGCUGGCAAUCAUUGAGGCUGCUAGGGAGAUGUCUCAAAAUAAAAAUGUGGCACAUUGCUUGAAGAACAUUGAUAGCAGUAAGCUCCUUGUUCUGUCCCUCGGAACUGGAUCUGCAAGGAGGGAUGAGAAGCUUCAGGUUGCAGAUCAUGAGUCGUGGGGAAUCUUUCAAUGA